AUGGCAGGCAAUGGAGAGACUUCUGUACAAUCAUAUGACAGAGCUGGUGGGAGUACUUUGUAUGCACCAUAUAUUGAUCCAAAUUCACCAGUCAAUGCUGAAAAGAAUGAAACGAUGCACAUGACAUUACACACUCACAGUGAUGUAUCAACGAUCAACACAUCAACUGUAACAGACACAAUGCAGAACAGUAUACCAAUUCUAGUACCUACAGUUACUGGAAGAACUCAGCCCAAUCCUGAAAUCAUGAGUAGAUCAAUUAAUCAGGAAUAUCAUCGUGAAAAUCUGCCCCAAAAUCCACCAUCAUCACCCCCACCAGUGGAAGAUGUCACUGAUGUUUCUGACAAUGAGGAAUUACGUCAUAAUUAUGUUCAACCUGAUAGUGCAGUACUUUCAGAUGAACCACCAGAACUCGGCGCGGAACUGGAUUCUACUAAAAGUAAGGAGCCUGCUGCAACUAUUAACUAUGUGGGAUCCUCGGCUACCCCAUUCAACUCUCAACAGAAACAGAGUUGUCAAACAAGAAUUAGUUCAAGUCAACAUGCUGGCACUUCAAAACAAGGAAAAAUUGUCAUGCCUCACAAAUGUGAGCAAUGUGGUAAAAUGCUUUCUUCUAAACUAAUGCUUGAGGCUCACGUUAAAUGUCACAGGGAUUCUGUGGGAGCCAAAUGCGAAAUAUGUCAGGCGGAAUUGAAACACAAAAAAAACUUGAGUAGACAUAUGCGGACACUUCACUCUAAAGAGACGUUACUUGUUCCAUGUGAUAAAUGUUCAAAAAAGUUCAAAACAAAAGAUGCAUUAACACAUCAUAGUAAAGUUGUUCACGACAUUGUGAAAAAGGUCUCCUGUGAAAUAUGUGGGAGAUCUUACAAAAGAAAAAAGGACCUAAACAGACAUCAGUCAAACAAGCAUUAA